AGCAGAAAAUUAAAAUGAGUCGUCCACAUGUCCUGGUAAUACCUUUUCCAGCACAAGGCCAUGUAAUUCCUUUCCUUGAGCUUUCACAGUGCUUAGCGAAGCAAGGCCUCAGUGUCACAUUUGUAAACACAGAUCAUAAUCACAAACGGGUCAUCAACGCAUUGCAGGAAAAGAAGCAUGUAGGAGAUGAUCAAGAAAUCCGCCUGGUAUCGAUUCCAGAUGGAUUGGAACCCUGGGAGGAUAGAAAUGAUAUAGGCAAGUUAUGGGAUUCACUUGCAGAGGCGAUGCCUGGGAAGCUGGAAGAGCUCAUACAAGAGAUGAACAACAAAGAGGAAGAUGAAAAGAUCACUUGUGUUAUUGCUGAUCUGCAUGUUGGAAUGGUACUGCAAGUAGCAGAGAAACUGAAAAUUAAGCGGGCUGCGUUUUUGUCGACAGGAGUGGUGGCUUUGGCCUUGUACCACCAUAUUCCCAAAAUGAUUGAUGAUGGAAUCAUUAACAAAGAUGGAACUACGACCUACAGUCGACAUAUGAUACAGUUGGGACCAAACAUGCCUACAAUCAGCUUUGCAGAAUUUAUCUGGAAAAUCGGUGACUUAAUUAGCCAGAGAAAGAUUUUUCAACUUAUUGUUAAGGCCACAGAAGGUACACAAAUGACAGCUGACUACCUGAUUUGCAACACAAUGUAUGACCUUGAGCCUGAAGCAUUCAACUUGGUUCCGAACAUUUUUCCAAUUGGACCUCUUUUAGCGAGCAACCGACAAGGAAAUUCAGCGGGAUACUUCUGGCCAGAAGACUCAAGUUGCUUGAAAUGGCUGGAUCAACAGGAACCUAAAUCUGUCAUUUAUGUUGCAUUUGGCAGCUUGACAGUUUUUAACAAGAUCCAAUUCCAGGAGCUGGCACUAGGACUUGAACUCACCAACAGGCCAUUCCUGUGGGUUGUGAGGCCGGAUAUUACUGAGGAUGCAAAUCAAGCCUACCCAGAAGGCUUUCAAGCCAGGGUAGCCAGUCGUGGCCGGGUGGUGGAUUGGGCACCUCAACAGAAGAUUUUGAGUCACCCUUCCAUUGCCUGCUUCUUCAGUCAUUGUGGUUGGAAUUCCACCAUGGAAGGUGUAAGCAACGGGCUUCCUUUCUUGUGCUGGCCGUACUUUGGUGACCAAUUCAUUAAUGAGAGCUACAUUUGUGAUAUUUGGAAGGUAGGAUUGAAAUUUAACAGAGAAAAAGCUAAGAUCAUCACACCAGAAGAAAUUAAGAGCAAGGUAGAUCAAGUGCUUGGUGAUGAAAAUUUCAAAGCAAGAGCUUCGGAACUCAAAGAAACUGCAUUGAAAAGUGUCAAAGAAGGGGGUUUAUCUGACAAGAAUUUCAAGAAGUUCAUUGAAUGGAUAAGGACCCAAGAAAUGGAAUAAGAUACCUUGAUAUUAAUGGAUCAUUCCUUUGAAGAUUCGUUCAAGUAAAAGAGCUCUCGUGGUGGUCUAGAUUUUCUCCUCGAACAAACAAACUUGUCAUUGUCGUGUAAUAUGUUGGUAGGUUCUCUCUGCGCUAAACUUACGUCUUCUGUGGAAAGAAUUUAAUUUCAAAGCUUGAAAUCAAGGUUCAUUAAAAAAUAAUCAUGGAUUAAUUAAGGCUAAUGAUAUUCACCUACAUUAAGCUGACCUGUUUCCCAGGCAAUUGAAAGUUUGAAACUGAGCGUUAUAAAGACCAAAAUUACAGCCAAACAGGUCAGUA